AGAAAAAUUACGUCAUUGUGUAGGCGUGGUUGAGGGGUGUGUGUCCGGAUGCUGAUGUUUGCAGCUUCAGCUGUGCUGAGAGCCAGCCCUGGUGGAUUUUCGUUCUGCUACCGUUCUGCUGCUGGUUUGAGAGCCAUGAGCGACCUUGCGGCAGGGAAGAAAGCUGCUGCCGUGAAAGCAGUGAACGAUUGGGUCAAGGACAAGCAAAAGAUUGGGAUAGGGAGUGGCUCUACCAUUGUAUUUGCCGUGGAGAGGCUGGCUGAAAGGGUGAAAGCAGAGAACAUGAAUGUUGUCUGUGUCCCUACAUCUUUCCAGGCAAGACAGCUCAUAAUCCAGCACGGGUUGCAGCUCAGUGAUCUGGAGAAUCAUCCACAGCUGGAUGUGGCAAUUGAUGGUGCUGAUGAGGUGGACCCCCAAUUGACGUUAAUCAAAGGAGGAGGUGGGUGUCAGACGCAGGAGAAGGUGGUGGCUGCCAGUGCAAAUACAUUUGUGGUGAUUGCCGAUGACUCUAAACAGUCCACAUACCUGGGAGAAAAGUGGCAUAAGGGUCUUCCCAUUGAAGUUCUGCCGUUUGCCUACAAACCAGUCCAGUUGAAGCUAGAGGCCAUGGGAGGAUCAGCAGAGCUCAGAAUAGCCAAACAAAAGGCUGGCCCAGUCAUAACAGACAAUGGUAACCUCAUACUAGACUGGAAGUUCAUUGCUGAAAAGGUUUGAUAUGAUUAUAGAAAUCACUUUAGGCUGUACGUGUGUGAGGAGGAGGGUGCAUUUAUAGCAGGUGCAUGUGGCCUUGAUUGUCUGAUCUUCUCUCUUAUGCAGGGUAAGAAUUGGCUUCAGCUGUCAUCUCGAAUUCGGGCAUCCCAGGUCAAUAUUGAAUUAUGGUGUUGGUCAUGGGAAUGGAAUGCAACCUCUGAGUAAAGGAAACCUUGGGGACACAGAAAAUAUCGAGAUGUCCCUUUUUCAUAGGUAGUCAACCUUUGUAGAGAGGUGUCCUUUAGUCGGAGGGUCCUUUUUCGGAGGUUCACUGUACACAAUUAUAUAGGCAGGAUAUUUUCAAAGCAUAUUGUAGCAGUGAGAGUGUUGACUCAAACUAUGUUCAUGUUUUUGUGGGGGUAUUUAUGUAUUACAGGCAUUGUGGAAACGGGACUGUUUGUGGGAAUGGCAAAAGUGGCAUACUUUGGUAGUGCUGAUGGUUCUGUCAAGACUGUGCAGAGUAAUUGAUGUGC